UGUGUGUAGAGAUCAGGUGUCUCUUGCAUUCACUCUGCUGCACUCUGAAAUAGGACUUUUUUUUGUCAGUGUUCUGGGAGAGAGAGGGAGUGAGGAGAACAUCAAGAAGAUCUGCAACAUAAGCUGAAGACCUUGCACUUGGGAUUCCUUUUAAUUACCUGGCUCAAGUUUGAAUUAAAAGGAUGUCUACAGGAAUGUCCUCCGCAACGAUGGACAGAGAAGGGGGCCCCCCACGAUGGGCCAUAAAGAACCCACUGACAGGCCUGCGCUGGAAGCGGCUAGAAGAACCAUUGGGCUUUAUUAAACUCCUGGAAUGGCUCUUUGCUAUCUUUGCCUUUGGAAGUUGUGGUUCAUUCACUGGAGAAACAGCAGCAGUCGUGAUGUGUAAAGUUGCAGAAACACAGACAGACACAGAUCUCAUCUCUGUGUCCUUUUCAUAUCCUUUCAGGUUGUACCGGCAACGCUAUGAGAUGCCACCAUGUGGUGAUACUGAAGCCCGCGUCUUGCACCUCUCAGGCGAUUUCUCUGCACCGGCUGAAUUCUUUGUGACAUUAUCCGUCUUUGCUUUCCUCUACUCUAUGUUCGCAUUGGUGAUUUACUUGAUUUUCCAUGAGAGAUACACAACAAUCCGGAGAGUGCCAAUUGUGGAUGUUUGUGUCACUGGAGGCUUUGCUUUCCUAUGGCUUGUAGCUGCUGCAGCUUGGGGAAAGGGCUUGACAGAUGUGAAGCUAGCCACCCAUCCUUCUAGCUUAUUGUCAUCAAUGCCAGUGUGCCAAAUGGAUAAAGCCACGUGCAGUGCCAGCAUUGCACCGUAUUUUGGACUUGCAAACAUAUCGGUGCUCUUUGGUUUUCUGAAUUUCCUGAUUUGGGCUGCCAAUGUGUGGUAUGUGUUCAAAGAGACUGCAUGGAACAAGCAAUCAACCAACAAGGAAGAGUCUGCUGAGCGUGGGGAGGCUGCAGACAUUCAAUAAUCUGUCAUCCUUUUUUCCUGGAUCAGCAGUGGUUUUUCAGUUAAUGACUAUACUAGUACAGGAGAGUGGACUUUCUGUCAUAUUCCCUACAGGCUUUGUCUUCUCUGCCUCAUACUUACAUGUUACAUUCUGCAGGCUUUUCUAAUGAGACUCACCCAACUUGAACCAACUAUUACAUCCACUCCAUUAUAAUAAAAUUGUUUUUUCUCUUUCACAAAUAUUACGUCUAGGAGUUGUUUCAAACUAUGGUGCUAUUUAUUAAAUAAAAUAACGUCCACAUUA